AUGCCUUGCUUCGUCGACACAUACAAAGUCGAUUUAGCUGGUCCUUACUAUGGAUUCCAGUCUUGGAAUGAUUUCUUUGCCAGAAAGUUGAAAAAUUACCAAGUUCGUCAGGUAGCUGAUCCUAGUAAUCCAUGGCGAUGCCUAUUUGCCCGAGGAAUAUAUGCAUUUCAUUGGCAGGUGACGUCAUGCCACGAUUGCAAUUUGAGAUCACCCCUGAUGAAGACACUAGACUGGAGUGUCGAAACGUUGGGUCUUGAUUACAAUUCGACUGGGCUUUGUAAUCAUUUAUUUAAACCAGAGUAGCUAGCGAAACAUGACUGAUAUACCUGAUUGAUAUGAUGAUUCCCUAUUGGGUUUAGAAUGAUCAUGCGGAAAUUCUAACCGAAGUUAUAACUAACGUCUGGGAUUUGUCCCUUUCAUCACAUACUUGGCCAGAUUCAUGGAAAAGAGCGAAUAUUAACCCUCUUGCAAAGGUUGAUUUACCAAAGGAAGAUGGCGACUUUCGUGGAAUAAAUAUUACACCUGUAAUUGCGAGGACCUUCGAAAAGCUCGUUUAUAAUAGUCAGGUUAAGUCGACAGUUGAGGAAAUUUUAUCCCCAACGCAAUUUGCGUACAGGCAGGGGGGGAGUUGUACAAACGCUCUGUUAACUAUUCAGAACAAAGUACUCAGCUUCUUAGAUAGAGCGGACUGCAAAGCAGUUAGACUGUUUUCUAUGGAUUUUAGCAAGGCUUUCGACUCAGUGAAACAUUCACUCCUCUCGGAAAAGUUAAAAACUGUGCCACUCAACCCUUAUAUCAUAAAUUGGUAUUUAAAUUUUCUAAAGAAUAGAAGGCAAAGAGUCGUUUGUAACGAUUUUUGUGGAGAAUGGAUGGAUGUUAAUAAGGGUACAACACAGGGGAGCGUAAGUGGCCCCUACCUUUUUAAUAUUUUCCUAAAUGAUUUAGAGGCGGACAUAGACGGCGAGAACGCUCUUUUUAAAUAUGCGGACGAUUCAAAUAUAAUAGUUCCAGUUUGGAGUGAGGGUCCUGAUACAUCAACAGAUACAGUUGGACAAUUCCUGAGCUGGUCUGAUGAUAAUUUUAUGACUUGUAACCCUGGUAAAUGUAAAGAGCUUAUCAUCCGGAAGAAGGGAUAUAAUGAUCAACUUGACAAUGUUUAUAAUAUACCCCAAUGCAAAGAACUUCCCAUUUUAGGUACUACUUUUCAAGACAAUCUCAAGUUCACCAGUCAUGUGCGAGGUAAAUUGGUCAAAGCAAACAAAUGCUUGUACGUUAUACGAACACUCAGGACAGAAGGCUAUAGCCAAUGUGAGAUAGAUUAUCUAUUUAAGACCCUAGUAAUAUCUACUAUAACGUUUGGCCUGUCCGUCUACGGUUCUUCUCCAGCCGAACUCAAUACUCUACAACGGUUUUUUGACAGAUGUUUUAAGCGAAAGUAUAUAUCAGAACCUGUAAAUAUUAGAUAUCUUUUAGAAAUACAAGACAGAAAUAUUUUUAAAGCUUCUGUAAAUCAGAAGAGUGCCAUAGUCGACUUGAUACCGAGAAAAAAAUCCACAAGCUACUCUUUGAGGACAGAGUUUAGUCAGUAUCCAAGAGUGAACACGGAACGUUUUAAAUUGUCGUUUGCAAAUAGAUUAAUUUUUAACUAUAACCUAUUCAUAUGAUGUAAACUUUACUAAUGUAUUCUUAAUAUGUACUUGUAACAUAAGAUAUGUAUUUUUAUCUUUUGAUCUAUUAAAUAGACUUUUGAAUUGAAUUGAAUUGAAUACCUGGUUGUAGUGAACGAACAAACUUUAAACAUAUGCGAUCUCUUCUCCAUGUGAUGCCAUCAUGCCACCCCAUAUUUCAUCGAGAGACCCAAAGCUCCGAGAUCAAUUUUGGAUCAAGUCACAGCCGUACAGCUGACAACAUCUGCUUGAUGAUUCAUCAUCAACAAGUACGUGGGAGGCACUGUCUACCAAGCCUUUCUUGAUACUGCCAACUACCAUCGCUGGCAUGCACCAGUUGCUGGUAAUAACCAAGGCAUACGUUAAGGAAGGCGCUUAUUAUGCAGAAUCUCUCUCGAUGGGUUAUGAUCCAAUACUUAUUCAAAACGUUAUCUCAGUCACGUGGAUACCCGAACCAUAAUCCACAUUGAAAAAGGGAACCCAAAUAUUGGUACCGUGAUCUUUGUCGCAGUAGGAAAGGCUGAGAUCUCAAGUUGUCCUAUUGAGGCAUACUAUGGGGAGAAAGUAAAUAAAGGUGAUCCUAUAAGCACUUUUCAGUUUGGUGGAUCCACGUACUGCCUCCUGCUCCAAAAUGGUGUGGAGAUUACAUUUGUUGCUGAGCUACCACAUGGAGAAUUGACAACUGGUCUGCAAUUUGUCAACAGUGCUAUCGGUGCAGUCGUAGUUCCGCGACACCGGCGGUAAUUAGCCUACCUGUCAAACGGAAGAACUUCAUGAUCAUUUUCAUUGUUAACAUUGGUGAAAUAUAGUCAAACAAAAAUUUUGGUCGGGUGAUUCUUUGAUCGUGAGAACGGUCAAAUAAAACCGGUUUAGACAUUAUGGCGUAUUAGGAACUGCUGUUAUGGAAUUUAUGUAGCGUUACGUACUAAGAAAAUACUUAAAUAUUAUCGAACAGUAAUUAGUAUUGUGAUGGGAAUAUAUUAACAUAGUGGUGAAUAAUUUUUAUAUGUUUGUAAACGUCGUUGUUUUUGUGUUUCUCUUCCCCGCGUCUGGAAAGCAUGAAUGAUAAUAACUUGUCCCUUGUCAUCGUAUAACUUCCCCGUUUCCCAGAGGCGUUAGCUCGGGGCGAGGGUACUAAUUCCGCGCGGGUAUUUAAACCCAGGGAAAGGAAUUAACGCUCUAGCGGUGUCUAAAGUUCAUCAAAUGUCGUGGGCGCAUGGUUAUGAUCCAAGAGUGGACCUCCUCACUGAUCUCAAAAAUAUGGCUGUUGGCCAGAAGUGGGAUAAACACAUGCACUGAGGAUAUUAAAGCAAGAUUUUACUUUUCAAAAGCAUAUAUUUAUUUGGAAAAUCACGUUUCACACAAUGAGCUUUGAAGCACUUUUUGUUUGAACAAAUGAGAAGAAUUUAUUUACUAUGAAAAACCGUGAAAUAUUGGGCAUGGUCAAGUUUGCUUUGAAUGUUUAAUAAUGUAAUUUAUGAAUUUUGUUGCUUUUAAUAAUAAUUUAUAGCAUAAAACAUGUACUGCUGUUUUCCUUUUCAAUAAAGCUGUAAGUGUCCUAAAUUACCCUGUUUAAUUUAAGAAAAAAAAUAAAUGUAAAGGAGAGCGAAUUCAUUUGAAGACCUAACUGAAAUUACUCAACAAUUUGAAGUAAAAACAGUUUAUCGGCAAAAGCAGUUUAGACAGUAAAGUUUUAUAGUUGUUAAAAUGAACAUUUCAAAACAUUUUACGAAGCAAUUCAGGUUAAAUUUUACAUUGAAUCAGCUCACAAAAUCCAGAACAACAUACCUAUUAUAUAGCUAUAAGCAAUAAUCUUUCGACAAUUUUUGCCGUGUUGUACAAAAAUAUAAUAAAAAUAUCGUGUUGCCAAAUGCCAACAACAUGACGUAAACGCGAGCCUGCGUUCAGUGUUGAUCAAUUACUAAUACUUCAUGUUAAAUCAAUGUUUGGAAAAUAUGGGCGUGGGGUUGCUGGGUGCAUGUAUUUAUAUAUAGUAUCAUAUUGAAUUAGAAAAUCGUGUAACAACGCGGGUUUAACAUUGAUUUUGGAUUGGAUCUAACCCUGCCUCAAAUAAUCUGAGUUCCUUCCACAGAUUUGUAACCAAAACUGAAAGGGCCAACUGUAAGGCUUUGUAACUAACCAUAUUGAUUCCAUUGAUCUGGAUAAUAUUUUCUGAACAGUAUUACACAAUUCAUAAUGUAGCAUCGCGAUACAGAAAUAAUUUAUUUUGUACUGUAGGGCAACAAUUCUACCUCGGCUGUUGCUUCGUGGAAUGGAAAAUUCCAUCUUUCACGUCAUGAAAGUAUUUUUACAAUAGCACUCAUAAACAUCCAUUAUUUGACGUAUAAUGCGUAAAGGUUAAAAAUGUGAUUGCCUAGAUCGGUGAAUAUAUGCUAUCAGUAUAAAUUUUGCAUAUCAAAUAAGCUUUCGCGCGUUUUGAUUGGCUAGUUUACUAGUAAAUCUGAGGCAUUAUUUACCACCUGGGUAGUAAAUAAUGCUUUUCAAAAAGAAUGAUUCCGCAAAUUUGGUUUCAAAAUCGACAAAAUACUAUUGAAAAAAUCGUCCCAGAAAACGAAAAAAAGCACAAAAUGUUGUAUUUAACUUGAAAGGUAGGAUUUCUUUAUUAUAUUACAUAUUCCCGGACAGUUUAAAACUUAUUUAAAACUCCGAAACAUUCGCUUCAAACAAAUCAGAAAUGGACUAUUCCAAUUAAUAUCUGCACCCCUCCCCUGUUGAGGAACUCCUUUCUCACGUCGGUACUCCCCUAACCUGAGUAUCAGGCUCUAUUUUACAAAUAGAGCCUGACACAAAACUUAACCUUAUCGCUUUCCACCCACAGCAAAGUUUAUAUUUAGUAUCCAAUCAAAAUGUCGCAGGAGAAAUUUAAAUUUCACACAACGACAACAACAAUCUAAUUAUAGCAUAGGCAGCCCACUAAACGGCUGAGUUUAAAUUAAAACAGCAAUGAACUUAUAAAAUUAACAAAAAUAAUCACAAACUAGCGAAAUAUAUUGGAAAUGUAGCUUAUAUUAAAUCGCCACCCAAUUGCUCUCUCCUCCGCAGAGGUUUCAGUGACUACAAUGAGCUUUACAUGGCGCUUACCGUAUUUAUCAACAAACUGACAUAUAAUUAUAAACUUUAUAAUUAAACGCAUGCGUAAUGCUGUAACCCUUAAGUUAAGAAGAGAAAAGAAACAUUACUAUAACAAUCAAUUUCAGGAGAAUGAAUCAAACCCAAAGGGGACUUGGAAAAAUUUGAAACGUUUACUUGGUAAAUGUGGAAAAGGAACUGGAUGCACUGGUGCAGGUUCAGCGACAACUGAUUUGAAAGUUAAAUGCAACAUGUUUAAUCGUUUCUUUGUUUCCUGUGCUACGAACUUAAGAUCAAUUUGUAGCACGACUGGCCAUGCGUUCAAAAAAUGGUUACCCCAAAUGGAACAUUCGGAAAGCUUUACGUUUCAACAAUUUACUGAUUCGGAGGUUCGAACUGCUCUGAAGGAAUUAAAGGUGAAGAAAGCCACCGGUGUAGACGGCAUACCAAGCAGAUUGUUAAAAGACGGAGCUGACGUAUUGGCCUAUCCAUUGACAGUUUUGUUCAAUUUAUCAGUUCAACAAUGUAAGAUCCCUGGGGAAUGGAAGAAGGCAAAAGUUACGCCACUUUAUAAGAAUGGCGCAAAGAGUGAUCCAAAAAAUUUUCGCCCUAUUUCUGUUUUACCGGUAGUAUCUAAAGUUCAGGAGCGAUUAAUCCAUAACCAACUUGCAUCGUAUUUUGAUGAAAAUAACCUGUUGUGUAGAUUUCAGUCAGGAUUUCGAAAGAAACACUCAACAGAAACGGCGGUAACCCAUUUUGCAGACCAAAUUCUCAUGGGCAUGGAUAAAGGGCUAGUGACGGGUGCCGUUUUCAUUGACCUAGCUAAGGCAUUCGACACAAUCGACCAUGAUGUCUUAAUUCAUAAGCUGAAACAUUAUGGCGUAUCCAAUGAAAGUCUAUUAUGGUUUAAGGAUUACUUCUGCGCAAGGAAGCAGUUUGUAACUAUUGAUUCGCAUAGAUCUGAAGAGCUGGAUAUCGCUUGUGGGGUCCCGCAAGGGUCAAUUCUUGGCCCAUUAUUAUUUAUCAUUUACAUCAAUGAUUUAUCAUCUUGUAUGCGAAGCUGCUCAGUCAGUAUGUAUGCAGACGAUACAGCAAUAUACUUUGCGGCCUCGACGGUUGAUGUGGUGAAUGAUAACAUCAAUAAAGAUUUAAAUUGCUUAUCUGAGUGGUUGAAAGAUAAUUAUCUGGUGCUGAAUAUCACCAAAACCAAGUGUAUUUUGUUCUGCUCACAGAGGCACGGUGAACGAAACAGAGCUCUUACCGUGAACUUCUUCGGGUCAUGUAUCGAAAAUGUUAUCACUUUUAAGUACUUAGGUGUAGUAUUCGAUAGUCAUAUGACGUGGAAAGAUCAAGCGGAUCAUGUAUACAAAAAGGUUGCAGUACGAGUUAAUGUCUUACGGCGUAUUAGAACAUUUCUAACGGAGAAAGCAGCAAUACAUGUUUACAACGGUAUUAUCCUGCCAGUGUUCGAUUACUGUGACAUUACCUGGAGUAGCCUUCUGCAACAAGACGAGGACAGAUUACAGCGAUUGCAACAUCGCGCCGCAAGAAUUAUAACACUGAGUGAAAGAUCAUCUGAAGCGAUGGAAAAAUUAAAAUGGUCUUCAUUGAACUGCAGACGCUCUUACCAUAAAGCUAUAUUAGUUUGCAAAUGUCUACAUUUUUUAGUCCCGAAUUAUUUUUUAAAUUAUUUUAAGAAAUUUAGUAAUGUACAUAGCUACAAUACUAGACACAAAAAUAGGCUAAUACUUCCCAAAGUUAAAUAUAAUUUUGGAAAAAAUACUUUUAUCUUCAGUGGGGUGCAGGUUUAUAAUAUGCUCCCUGAUCACGUGAUGAAGGCUGAGUCCAUUCACACUUUCGCACGUCUUGUACGAAUUGUGUGUAAUGAACUUUCUUAUUGAUGUGGAACAUGGAAGUGACGGAACUGAUUGCGACAAUAUUUUGUACUUUUAUAUAUCAUACCUUAAAAUGUAAUUCCUAUAAAUAGCUUAUAUCUAGACACAGGGCCCCUAUGGAUACCAGCCUUCUUGCUGAAAGGGCCACCCUGUUUAAAUAAAGUUUUUCCAUUCCAUACAGGUAAACUACGUCAAGUGUUCCUCUUUUGAGGUUCUAAAUUGAUUGCAAUUUUCCUCAUUACCUUUGCAAUUUAAUUAAAAAAUUCCCUUGCAAAUCCCUUGAAGGAAUUUGCAAAGUUGCUAAAAGCCAAUUAAAUUUUCCUCAAUCCUGUUAGAAGUUCUUAACUUCCUGUUACAAGUUUCUAACUUCCUGUUCUGUUCUGUUCUGUUCUGUGCGUUGCAAUUGGCUAACAAAAAUAAUCCACCAAUAACAACGCUCAGAACAGAACAGGAAGUCAGGAAAUUAUUUAAAACGAGUUUUUUUGCAUUGGAAUUUUGCAACAGACGAUAGGAACAUUGCAAAUUCCCUCAAGGGUUUGCAGAGUUUUUCAAAUUGGCAAAGCUAAUAAGGAAAAUUCCAAAUGAGUUAGGAAGUCAAAUGAAGAACGCUUCACGCAGUUUAUCUGUAUGUAUACUUUAUAACUAUACGUCAGUCGAUAGUACAAUCUGAUGGCGAUUUAAUAUAAGCUACAUUUGCAAUAUAUUUCGCUAAUUUGCGAUUAUUUUCUAAUUUUACUGCAGUUUUAAUUUAAAUUCAGCCGUUUAGUGGGCCGGCUAUAAUUGUAGUUGUGAUCGUUAUAAAACUGAUAUCAACAACUGACAAUAGUAUAAUCUAAUUAGCACCAGCCAAUCAAGUGACAGAUUUAAAAAAUCGUUUGUCUAAUCGGCCAAUCAGACAAAAAAGCCAGAAUCUGGCUUUUUACAUGCGUCGCGGUAAAGAAUUGUAUCAGGCCAUCCUUCAUUCGCCGCCGCCAAUUAAUCCUGGCGAAUGAUAACAUAAGGGCCUGAUACUCAGGUUAGUACUCCCCUGGAAUUUCCGCAAAUUUUCAUGUAAAAUUUACCGCAUCCCAAGGAAUUCCCUUGUAAAUACUACCCUUGCCCAUGGAAUUUCCAUUUUAAAUUAGGCCUUCCCCGUGGAAUUUCCAUUCAAAAUUUGGCCCUGUCCAUGGAAUUUCCAUGUGUAAAUUACCCCUCCAUAUGGAAUUUCGAUCAUGGCACAUUUACUCCCGGAAAUUUCCGUCUGAUGCAUGUCCUCCCAUGGAAUUUCCAUCCCAUUAAAUUUACUCCUCCCCCUGGAAAUUCCAUGAAAUUCCAUGUGAGAAUUACUCCACCCUUUGGAAUUUCAGAGCCUGGAUGCCCCCCAUCUCUGGAAAUUCCACAGUUAAUGCACCCCCUCCCCUGGAAAUCCAAGGUUAAUGUUCCCCCUCCUCUGGAAAUUUGAAAGUUAGUGCACCUUUCUCCUGGAAAUUCAAAGGUUAAUGAACCCCUUCCCCUGGAAAUUCCAAGGUUCCUCAACAGGGGGGUGCAGAUAUAUAAUUGGAAUAGCCCAAUAGCAAAAACUAUCCCGACUGUUGGGAAAAGCCGUGAUAUUCUUUUUAAAACAAUUUUGUUUUGUAUCCUAUAAAUAUCUCAAUUUGUACGUUACCAUUUCUUAUGAUAUGUCGUGUUUUCAUUGUGCUGUAUGGUGUCCUGUCGCUGUAUUGUACUAUUGUGUUUUUGAAACUUGUAAAGUGAAAAGUGUACUAUUUCAAUUCCCAACGUUGGAAGAACGUCAUUUCGACCGGUGAUUUUUAUUUGACGAGUAUAUGUGGCCAUUUCUCAUCGUUACCAUCUAAAUAACACAGCUCUUUCGUCCUAUAUGUAAAAAUUGAAUUGGUUAGCAAAGUUGAUGAUGCAUGUGCACGAUAGCCUAUUGAAUUUCCAUAGCGUUGUUUUUAGCCCCCACGUAUAUAGUUUUAUGCGCAUGCGUAUAUAGUUUUUAGCACCAACACAUCAAUUGCUAUUAUUAUACUAUGGAGUUAACUCAUUUUGUAUUUUGCAUACUGUUUUCUGUAUUUUUUGCAAACUUUUUCCUCAGCCGUUUAUACCUAUACUCUAAUGUUUGAGAAUCCUUAAUUAUUAUUAAGUAUCACGCAUUCCGUAUAAUUUGUUAGCAAAAUAACAACUCUCUGUCCUUCUGUGCUCGAACCCAUCAGUUGGAGUGUUGCCGGCUCUUAAACAGGUACUCAGAAUAACGUAAUUAAAUUCUCUUCAAAACCGUGUGUGCAUAACUUCUGGCUUCAUAUCCAUUGUUUCACUGACCUUCCCAGGAAAAUUACAUCCUCGUGCGAUAUUGAGACGUAUAUAACCAAAUAAAAACAAAAUGUACAUCUCCCGAUAUCACGAAAAAGCAGGAAAAUAAUUGGGUUUUUUUUACUUUUCGUUAAAUUUCUUAAAGUUCUAAAUUUAUUUAGUUCGAAAAGGUUUCGAAUAUAUACCUACCGUAUAACAAAAACGCUUUUAAAAUAUGUGAAUUAGUAUAAAUCAUAGGCGGACAUGAAGAAAGGGACAAUUAGCUGGGCGAGGGCAAGAUGGCUAUUAAAAUCGUAUAUAGGAAUGUAUGAAAUGUGCGACAUUGCGAAAACGUGAUGUAUUAACUGAUAUCUCGAAAAUGUUUCGCGUUCUGCGACCGUGCUAGGCUGCCAAUCUGCUCUCUCCUGGUUUCCGGCCCCGUCGACAGAAAUUGUGGGAAGUACUUUUUGUAAGUGUCGCGCAAUUGUGUUUGUCGUUCUGAUAUUAUUAUGCGAAAUUUGUGGAGAGAUUAUAUUGAUCACAAAUUAUUGAAUUACGUUACUCCGCGUAGCUGUCGGAAAUAACCGGCAACACUCCAACUGAUGGUUCCGAGUACAGAAGGACAAAACGUUGUUAUUUUGUUAGUUGUUAUUUUCUGAGGUACUGAUGCUGACUAUACAAGGUGUAUAAAAAACACUGAACAGAUUUGAAAUUGCUCUCAAUUUCGCAAAACAGCUAUUAGCAUCCAGUUUUUUAUAUAUAUAGUUUCUUUGGGUACUUAUAAUGUAGAAUAAUGAAAAAAAUUCUCAAACUCAAAUUUUGUAUACCAGGGGUGUGUGUUUUUUCCAACAAACUAAAAAUGGCUUGCGCACGAAAUUUAAAAGCUUUAACCGUAUUUUGAGUUAAUGGAUGGAAAAUUUGUUGGGUUUUCAAUUACUGUCCAAAAUUUCAGACAAUUUCCUUUAGUUUAAGCCCUUCCACUAUUCAUUUUUUCCUAAAAUAUCAGCCUUUCGCAUACUUAAUUAAUGCCUUAACCUAAUUUGCAUAUUGAUGACAUAUGCAAAUUAGGCAAACGCAUUAAUUAAGCAUGCAAAAGCUGAUUUUUUAGGACAAAAAUGUAAGUUUGCGUGAAUAGUUAAAAGGCUUAACACAUUUUUCAUUCAUUAACUCAAAAUACGAUUAAAGCUUUGAAAUUUCGUGCGCAAGCCAUUUUUAUUUUGUUGGAAAAAACACACACCCCUGGUUUACAAAAUUUGAGUUCGAGAAAUUUUUUUCAUUCUUCUACAUUAUAAGUACCCAAAGAAACUAUAUAAAUCAAAAACUGGAUACUAAUAGCCGUUUUUCGAAAUUGAGGGCAAUUCCAAAUCUGUUCAGUUUUUUUUUAUACAUACUGUAUAGAGCACUAAUUAUAAGCUAGUCACGUUGCACUGAGGGAGUAUUGACCUUGCGCAUAGCCUGUCAAAGGGAAGAGGGUUGUGAAACUCAUAAAUCUGGACCUGCUGUUAUAUUGUUAUUUUACAGUCGUGCCAAUAAAAGCGUUCCAACGCUUGUUCAUUUUACGAAAUGUUGACCAGUUCAUUUCCUAACUUCGAGGAGUUCCUCUGAACAAUUCCUCAACAAUUUGAUAAGGUACUUAAAAAGUUCCUAACUUCCUGUUUCAUUGGCAAAUCAGAUUGCUCAAAAAUAAAAUUUGAUUGGUCAAUGAAACAGGAAGUUAGGAACUUUUUAAGUACCUUAUCAAAUUGUUGAGACUAAAAAUGGCUUGCGCACGAAAUUUAAAAGCUUUAACCGUAUUUUGAGUUAAUUGAUGGAAAAUUUGUUGGGUUUUUAAUUACUGUCCAAAAUUUCAGACAAUUUGCUUUAGUUUAAGCCCUUUCACUGUUCAUUUUUUCCUAAAAUAUCAGCCUUUCGCAUACUUAAUUAAUGCCUUAACCUAACUUGCAUAUUCAUGACAUAUGCAAAUUAGGCAAACGCAUUAAUUAAGCAUGCAAAAGGCUGAUUUUUUAGGACAAAAAUAUAAGUUUGCGUGAAUAGUUAAAAGGCUUAACACAUUUUUCACUCAUUAACUCAAAAUACGAUUAAAGCUUUGAAAUUUCGUGCGCAAGCCAUUUUUAUUUUGUUGGAGAAAACACACACCCCUGGUUUACAAAAUUUGAGUUCGAGAAAUUUUUUUCAUUAUUCUACAUUAUAAGUACCCAAAGAAACUAUAUAAAUCAAAAACAGGAUACUAAUAGCCGGUUUUCGAAAUUGAGAGCAAUUUCAAAUCUGUUCAAUUUUUUUUUAUACACACUGUAUAGAGCACUAAUUAUAAGCUAGUCACGUUGCACUGAGGGAGUAUUGACCUUGCGCAUAGCCUAUCAAAGGGAAGAGGGUUGUGAAAGCUGUAGAUAAGUAUUAUAAUAAUUCAAGUGAACUCCCACACGGCAAUCUUGUAAACCAGUGGUAGAUAAUUUUUAGAUUUUUUUAUAAUUGAUGUGUGUAUGUAAUUUAUAACUGUCUUAUUACGCUUAUAAUAGUUAGAUUAUCCAUGUACUGAAGAUUUUACCGUGUUUAAAUAAAUUUGUAUUGAUUGAUUGAUUGAUUGAUUGAAACUCAUCAAUCUGGACCUUCUGUUAUAUUGUUAUUUUACAGUCGUGCCAAUAGAAGCGUUCCAACGCUUGUUCAUAUUACGAAAUGUUGACCAGUUCAUUUCCUAACUUCGAGGAGUUCCUCUGAACAAUUCCUCAACAAUUUGAUAAGGUACUUAAAAAGUUCCUAACUUCCUGUUUCAUUGACCAAUCAGAUUGCUCAAAAAUAAAAUAUAAAAUUUGAUUGGUCAAUGAAACAGGAAGUUAGGAACUUUUUAAAGGAACUUAUCAAAUUGCUUCUAUUGGCACGACUGUAAUGAGUUUUACAUGUUCUUCCCUUCGAUAACCUUGCGUGAACUUUGAUUUGGCUUUCAUUUUUUGAGUGUCAAUGCUCUUUAGUCAAAGGUAACAGAAGUCUGAAAAGGAAUGUUUUAACGUCUGCUUGACUCACAGGCAUCCAACUAAUUUUUCUAGACUGGUGCAAAAGUCGGAGAAUACAGAUAAUUUAUGACAAACAGAUAAUUUAUGAUGCUGGUGCAAAAACUGUAUACAAUCGUGGACAUAUACUUAAUAAAAUUAAUUUGUAUAAGGUGGUCUUACACAAUUUGUUUUCCAUUUAUUUUGUAACAAAAUGGUGUUUCUAUGACUGGAAAUUGUCAAACGGCAAUCCUAAUCGGUAAAGCAACCAGUUUUUACAUACAGGCUAGCGUUACGUGACUUUGGCACCUAUGUCUCUUGUAUCUUGCAUUCAUAAAGGACGUGCCCUAGUUGGACGUGCCCCAUUUGCCUUCUAGAAUCACUUAAGUUGGCGACUCCAAAAAUCCGGAAAUGCUUAAGGGUUGUGAGUUUGGAGAAGUUAGCUCAUUUAAAUAGCAAAUCUUGUAAAUUCAACGUUCUUCGCUCUGUCUACACAAUUAAUUUUUUAUUCUUACUAGUACAAUUCUCAUUUCAAUCAUCUUUUCUGCCCCAAGAUAGCACAUUCAGAAAAUUUUCUUUUCUUUUUCUGGCUUCAGCCUUAGUUUUGCUACUUUUACCUUUAGUUAUAGGACGUCUUCACGUUAUAAUGCAUGGAUCACAAAUCAGCAAAUUAGAGAAGAUAAUGUGCCAUUCUUUUGAGAAAUCGUAUUCCUGAUUGAAAUUACAGUGAAGUCCUUUUGUAAAGGACAAUUUAAUAUAAUAUAUUAGUUAUAAUAGUUAGCAGGGAUGCCGAGAAUUUCUUGAGGCAGUGGGAGCGCUUUUCUUUCAAAAGGGCGCAAAGAAAAUCAAAGGGCAGUUACUUGCUUAUUAUACUAAUGGAAUUUACGUAAGAAAUCUGUUGGUGUUAAAUCUCUUGGUGUUAACUCUUCUGCACCCGCAUUGCUCCCAGAAAGUUGUGAAUGGCAAAGAAUGCACUUGUGCCCGCAGUACGUAGUUCCGCCAUCCUUCCAAGUUGGGAUAUUGGUGUCGAUAUACUUUCAAGAAUUAAAAAAAAGCAGUUUGUUAAUUUGAUCUGUCAAAUAAAAUAUCAAUGGAUUAUUACAACAUAAUAAUAAUCUUUUCCAGUAUAAAAGUGGUCCAGCUCCAAACUUAUUUUAGUGGCAACGUAGCACUACCAUGACGUUCGUGAAACGUUUGAAAAAUAUUUAUUCUUAUUUAUGAGGAAUUUCCCACGUAAACCGAUUUAAAUCCUGCAUAUUUUAAGAGAAAAUGCAAGAGACUAUAGUGGAAUAAAAUUAAUCGAUAAAUGUGUUGUUGCACAAUUUAGAAAUGUGUUACUUUUGUUAGAAUGAUAGAUUUAUUGCAGUUCAUUAAAUCAAUCUUCUUGAAGCAGCUACGUUUGCAGUUCAGGUGAUUCGUCAGUUUCGUAUUGCGCACUUUUACUGCGCAUAUCCGAAAUAACAAAUUCUAGCAAAUAUAUUUAGUCGAACUGCAAUUUAAAGUGAUAAAGAAAGAGUAAGGGCAAAGAGAAAAACACUCUGCAUUGAUGAUGUGUGUUCCAGGAAAUAUAUACCUUCAAAAAUGACAGAACUCUGGCUUGGGCUCCCUGUGCAACUAACACUAAACCACAUCACGUUGCUUGUUUAAGCCUUGUCACAGAAUAAAGAUCUGUAACAGAAAGGCCACUCAGCGGUGCAACGUGUCCUCGUUUUUUUAUGCAAAAAUAUGCAGUUUACUGGCCACAAGGCGGAGCAGCCAACCAAUACAGCGUGUUUAUUGGCUAGAAAAUGUCAUUGACUGGCUAGGAAAAUGGCGGCCAACAGGCGUAAUGCGACAUGCGCGAGGACAGAAACUUCGAAGCUUCCGACGUAUGUGGUCCUGCUGUAUGGAUCUUUAUUCUGUGGCCUUGUAUCCCUUUUAGAGUGCGUGACCCUAUAUACCUUUUUAUUUUAUAUUUUUGUUCUUCUAUACGUUUUACAUGUCAUAUAAGAAAAUAAGAAUAAUUCUACAACUUAACUCCCAAAAUAACUGGUCUGAGAAGACAAUAUAAAUGCCGGCUGGGUGUGCCGGGUGAUUAUAUAUUCAAACACCCUUUCCGAUUAAAUAUAAUAUCGGUCAAUAUCCCAACAGAAAAUUAUUAACUGGCAAUUAUAUUGUCAUGCAAAAUAGGUUGUGUUAGUUUCAGUAUAUUGUUCAGUGCAAAGACUACAGGCGUUUGGAUACUGAUACAAUUCUAGAGCGCAACAUUGAAUAUUUGAAUUGAUAAGGAAUCAUGUCGUAACACAUAUAAGCCAUAAGAAGGUGAAUUAAAUGUUAAGAUUGACAAAAAAAUGAAAUUUGCCAAAAAAUUAAACCAACUUAUAUUAUUAAAUAAAUACUUUAGUAAUAAUUUUAAAAGAGUGAAGUAAUGAUGUGCUUCAAUGCUGGUCAAAAUCAUCUGCAAAAUGCCAACACUCUAUUAAACACUCUAAUUUUACUAUUUGGUCGAAAUAGUUUACUAGUUUUCCCCCUUCCACCGCCCCAAGAAAUAAUGUUUGUCGUAUUACAAUUGCUUUAGCUGUAUUCUGGUAAUGUAAUCAACAUUGAAUGGUGGGGGUCACAGGGAGUUUUUUUUUUUCAAAAUUUGCAAUUAUUAUAAUAUUACGAAAUUUUGUCAAAUAUUUGGUGUCGCGUAUGUUUUGUUCAGGAUUGUCCGAAAUAAGUCGAAAUUAAAUCAGUACCUAUUUGGCUUUUGGCACGUGUCCUUGCCAAGUAUUUCGCCUAUGUGCAUUGCUUAUGACCUACUUAUGUUCAUAAGUACAUAUAAAGUAUCUUAUUUCAUUAAUUAAAUACGUCAUCAAUACCUCAGUGUUUUGAGAGGGUAUAUAACAAUGUGUGGUAAGAAUGUUCGUGACAAGAUCGAGAAAGGAAAUUUAAUAUAUAUUACAUCAGUAGCCAUUAAUUAAAAGCAAUGAAAUGUUGCGGAAAUAACGAGAAAGAAAAACUAUCGCGUUCUAGCCGAUAUCAUUACAAAAAUACUCCGCGCUCGUGUUUUAAAUAGUAGGGCUACAUAAUAUAUACCAAACCAUCCCAAGUUAUGUACGUGAUGUUCUCAUGUGGGAUUGAGUGUUCCAUUAUACCGCCAUGCACGUUUUAAUGAUGAUGACAAAUAUUUUGCCGCCUAUACAGUAGUUGCAUUUUUAUCCAAGCCCUGUCAGUGGCAACGUAAACAAUUGAAAUGCACCACGAUUACUUUUAUUAGCAAGGCCUCGGCUUUGCUCAGCAAAUGCAUGACAUUGAUGAAGUGAAUUUAUAAUUUUCACUAUACAAUGACACCACAAUAUAGGUGGUAAACAUAAUCUAAAUUUUAGGAUUUCAUGUAAUACGCAUGCAUGUGAGCUUAUCAGCAUGCUUACAUUGCGCAAUAUCAAUUUAAUAUUGUAUUCAUUUUAAUGUUCAGUUAUUAUAAUAGUAUUUGUGUGUGUUGGUGUGAUGUACUCAGCUUGGCCAUGGUGGGAAUCGAACACGUCGUGACCUUUGGGAUACUAGUCCAAUGCUCUGCCAAGUUGAUGAUAUUUCGAGUUCGAGUUGAUGAUAUUUCGAUAUACACUGAUAUCGUUGAUGAUAUUUCGAUAUACGCUGAUAUCGAACUAAUUAGACUCAGUUCCAAAAUAUCCAGGGCCGCCGAGAGGGGGGGGGGGCAGGGGGGGAUUGCCCCGGGCCCCGAGUUGCUGGGGGCCCCUGAAAAAUUUUUGUUGGGCCCCAGCCUUUUUUGUGUGUUAAAUAUUUCCGCGCAAAGGACAAGAUAUCUGUUUUCUUGGACUAAGUACCGAAUUUUGGCAUAAAAAAAUGAGAUAAAGUCCUUCGAAAGCAAUUGCAACGUACUCGUCCGGAAAAAUGUUGUACUCCGGAAAAAAUUUUUUACCCCUAAAAUGGUACACUGACCGAAAAAUUUUUGGCGACGGGGGGGGGAGGUUGUUGUCCGGAAAAAAAAUUUUCCGGGAAAAAUUUUUUAGAUAGGGGCCCCUAAAAGAAAAAUUGUCCCGGGCCCCCGCCAACCUCUCGGCAGCCCUGAAAAUAUCAUAAACGGGUUCGAUUCCCACCGCCGUGGCCAAGCAAACUUUUCAGCUUGCCCGGUGUGGAUCACACUCAGAGUAACAUCACCAAACAUCCUAUUCACCUGAGUAUAUAACACCAACACGCACAAAUAUCAUGUCUUAGAAUACACUGAUAUCGAAGGAACUAGACUCACAGGGGGCCCCACUAUGAGUUAUGAUUGAAAUAAUAUUGUAUUUAUUUUUAAAAACCUACUUGAAUCCGUUGAUAAUCGAUUAUUUCUUCUCUCGAAAUUCUGUAAACAUUUUAAACUGCUUGGAGUCAUUAUACUAUCACUCUACAUGACGUUUCAUGAAGUAUAGAUGAUCGCUGACAGGUAAGGACCGCGGGCGCGAAAAGACGAAGGCGGCGAAAGAAGGAAGAAUUAAACUAAAGGGUUGAAACUUCGGCGGGUCAUCGUUUGAUGUGUUCCAUAAGUAGGUUGCUCUCCGGAAAUUUCGCACGGGGCCCCAAUGUGAGUUAGGAUUGAAAAAAUAUUGUAUUUAUUUUUAAAAACCUACUUGAAUCCCUUGAUCAUCCAUUAUUUCUUCUCUCGAAGUUCUGUAAACCUUUUAAAUGGCUCGGACUCAUUAUACUUGACGUCACGAGAACAACCUACUUAUGGAACACACUGUGCGAAAAAACGCUUCGAGUGUUUCAUGUAAAAACAUACGAAAAAUCAAUCGUUUAUCGAAUCUACUACAUCAGUUGUGAAGAUAUAUCCAAAAAGACAUAGAAUCUGCAAAAAAAUAUUCGAAAACACCGAUAAAUUGUGAAUUUUAAGGCAUUUAGAAAUGUCAUCUAGUCGAAGUUUCAACCCUUUAGUUUAAUUCUUCCUUCUUUCGCCGCCUUCGUCUUUCCGCGCCCGCGUUCUUACUUGUCAGCGAUCACCUAUACUUCAUGUAGAGUGAUAGUAUAAUGAUUCAAGCAGUUUAAAAUGUUUACAGAAUUUCGAGAGAAGAAAUAAUCGAUUAUCAAGGGAUUCAAGUAGGUUUUUAAAAAUAAAUACAAUAUUAUUUCAAUCAUAACUCAUAGUGGGGCCCCCUGUGCUAGACUCAGUUCCAAAAUAUGAUCAACUGGAUCGAACCGACUUGACCACGCAGCUCAGUUGGCAGAGCAUUGGACUAGUAUCCCAAAGGUCGCGGGUUCGAUUCCCACCGUGAGCAAGCAAACUUUUCAGCUUUCCCGGUGUGGAUGCACGUUCAGUUAUUAUUUAUACAAGAUUAAUAAUUUGGCAUCCUUUGCAAGAAACCUCCUAGAUAUUAGCCUUAUUAAAAACCGUACGGGCAAUAUCCACAUCUACUUAGAUUCUUUGAUGAGAUAUAGAUAUUAAUUAAGUUUUUUGUUAUUAUCAAAACUGAAGUGGUCAAUAUAAUGUAACAAAGACCGUGCGUGCAACAUUCACUGUGUACUAUAAAACGUGAUAAUUAAGGACUCAGUUUGACAAUUUUUCAUAGGUAGAAGGAGGUUCAGCCGAAACGUGAAGGGCUGUGAAGAGUAAGGUAUAUAUAAUAUAUAGUUUUUAUACAAGCAUUAUUAUAGUUAUUGCACAAGUAUAGUAUGAGGUGGGUUUCAGUGAAAUAUUAUACACUUAAUGUCUGCUCCAGAUGGAAAUAGUUAGUUUUGUUUUCCCGAGAAUCUCAAUGUUUCCCGAGACGAAGUCGAGGGAAACAUUAAGGUUCGAGGGAAAACAAAACUAACUGUUUCCCGAGGGAACAGGCAUUAAGUGUUUUGUUAUAUAGCGACGAACAAAAAUCAACUUCAACAACAUUCAUACAACAAUUGUAUUUCGUGACAAAAACUCUAUAGUGUAAACGAGUUUAAAAUUAAAAGAACCUACUUAAACGGUUUCGGCAGCAUAUCCUGUUGCCUGUUGUGUAUUUUUCUUCUCUUUUAUAUUCUUCAUUUGAACACAAACUUGGAAAAUCGUAGCCCUAAUUAUCUGAGUUGUGCCUCCAUUUUGUUUAUUUAUGUACGUGGCCGGUAGGGGCGGCCAUCAAUUUUUCACUUGUUGCCUGGCGGGAAACAUUGCAUUUAUCUGAAGUCACGUGACCACAAAUCAGCCAAUCACGUUUGGUGUUCACGCUAGCUAUAUAACAAUUUAUAUUGUUGGAACUUGUGGUCAUUUACUUCAAAUCUAUUGAUUAUACCUAAAGGGGAGAAAGAUACUAUACUAGAUAUUUUGUUAACACGUAUUUUCCACCACUUUGUCACUCUAAUAUAAAUUUACUUCCAUCCAGUGAAACCCAUCCAUUGCAGCUAUUUUUGUUUACUCCCUUUCGGGGCAUUUUACCCAUUGUUUUUUAUAUGUCUGACUAUAUUCAACAAAAAAAUAUUUCCUAUUAAACUCACAUUUUUUACUAUCGUUUACUUUCUUUCCGGCACAGAAUGACGUCCAAUUGUUUGUUACCAGCAAGCGCUCUAGUUCUAGCAGGUAAACACUUAGUCAUUAUUAUUUCCUUACCGUUAUGCAUGCUGAGGCCAAAUUUUAGUUCGUUCAUUGGCAUUGCAUGGUUUCUGCAAUAUUUUUAUACAUUCCUUGUUCACAAUGGCCAUUUUCAAUGCAGCACUUUACAGCAAAUCUACUGGAACUUAUAGCUCCUUGCACUAUAUCACAAUUUGUCAUACUAUUAUCCAACAGUUAACUUACAUACUUUAAUUUGUUGACAUAUCGCGUUUUUCUGUCAAACAACUCACUGUGCUGAAGCUUCAAUAUAAUAAACAAUCAUGUUCCAUUUGUACUCAAUACACAUUUCAAUUAGGAAAACCGAUAAUGAAAUUUUCUAUGGUUGCUUAAUUUAAUUAUUUCUAGUAAUUAUGUACGCCAAAUUAAAUCAUGAUUUAUUAAUCACCAAACUAAUUAAUUUCUACGAAAAGUUACAAGCAAUACCAUUGAACGUGCCUUAAGCUCUCGUCUUAUACUGUAGAAUUGAAAUUGCAUGCAUCGGUGAGUGGCUAAAUAUUUAAUUUUAAUAAAAUAUAAUUGCAUGAAAUAUAUAUAUAUAUAUAUAUAUAUAUAUAUAUAUAUAUAUAUAUAUAUAUAUAUAUAUAUAUAUAUAUAUAUAUAUAUAUAUAUAUAUAUAUAUAUAUAUAUAUAUAUAUAUAUAUAGAUAUAUAUAUAUAUAUAUAUAUAUAUAUAUAUAUAUACCAAAUAACAUCGACUGAAAUUGCAAGAAAUAAUGUAGAGUACAGAUUUAGGAGGACCGAGCUAUACACUGAUACAGUGGUCAAAUGGUUUUAAAUAACAUAUUUGUAAUAUACGAUGUUCUUUAAUUAGUCAGAAAUGUUCCGUGCAAUUAGCAAUUACAACUGCAUGGACGUUAGGAAACAUUACAACAGGUUGUUGGGAGAAUUACAAACUGCGUCAUAUACACUUAAAAUUAAUAUUGGGGAUAUGGAGCCAAUAUUAAGUUGUGUAUUUAUGAACCAGCAGGAAUCCUGGUCGGUUUCAGUGAUGCUGAUGUGUAUCUACACAAUCCCAGAGGGUCUAAUAACCGCCUUAAUCAAGCUGGCGUUAAUAGAGCAAAUAACAAUCGGAUGUUCAACUCUCAAGUGAGUAUAAAAUGGAAUGGGCAUUUGUAACAAUGGACGGAAAGCCUUGACAGAUUUUACAACCCAAUUGAGAUAGACUUAUAGUUACGAGUUUUAGUUAUAGUGGGAAGGAAAGUUGGAGGACCCAGAAAAAACGCUCGAAGCGUAAAAGAAAACCAGCAAAAUUCUAUUAAGAUGAUAUUUUCAAGCAUAUAGGAAUGUUAACCCAAGGUAAUUAAGUCGCUAUACCAUAAACCUGCAGUAUUAAGCUCACACUUAAUUAACUUAGACGUAUACACUAAGCACAUGCAUCAGCCACCCAGGCGUCCGUGGUUUUUGUGAGCAAUUAUAUCAUCCUACAUUUUCGUGUCUUUCUAGAACAACGCUAAGGGUGGUUACAAUGUAGGUGACAAGAAUAAAGCAUCAAACAGCGAGAAGACACAAUUUAACAUGGUACGUGAAUAGAUAUUGUACUAAUGAUGAAGCAUUGCACAAUGCAAUGCGGCUCAUUUAAGUUCAAAAUAAAAAAGGUGAAAUAUUAAGGAUAAAACGCAAAAACGGAUAAAUAAAACUACCUAGCCUAUUUCCUUCCGGAGCAGACGUUGAUUUUAAGUGUAUAUUAUAGGUAAAAUAUCAAGAUAGGGUAACGUACGUACAUCAAGAAAGAAUAUACAAAAGAAAUUUUGCUUCCUCUUCCUUUUGAUUUCGCCUUAGUUCAUUCAUUCAUAAUGGAUUGAGCAUAGAAAAUUGAUUUUUACGCAUAAAAUGAGAUUAAAUAACAAAAGGCUAUGGACUAGAAUGCAUGUUUGAUCUCAAAAGCUAACUCGCCGACGCAAUUUUCGUUUCUGGAAGUGCCUGCGAUACAAUAAUAACGAGAGAAAAUAUCGCCAUAAUAUCUGUCGAAAUAUCGCCCAACUCCAUCACAAACUCAAUGAAAGACUUUAUGCAAAGUAGAGAAAGAUCUUGACGUAAAAGGCAAUGGAAAGGUGGCGGGAAACCGCGAAUUUUAGGUUAAUUUCUAGCUGAUAUAAUUCAUUUUCAAGGUUUGUGCCACUACACGGGACCUACAUCAGACGAAAUCCGAUUUACAAACAUUGAUUGGACAUUCAUUUCUUUUGUAUUUUCCUCAUGAAUUAUUAAUGAGUUUUUUUAAAUUCUAUAUAAUACUGUAUUCAUUUGUUGUACAUAGGUUUUUAUAUAGUUUAGUUUAGUUAGUUAAUUACUUGUGCGUAUGUUUCUAUCAAGCGGUCUCUUGCAGGGAUUAUUUUAAAGAUUCUUUAUCACUGCACAAAAAAAAAACAGAAUAAAAUAGUAGCAUGUCACACAGCAAAGGAGCGCUGAGUAGUGAGUACAGCUCUCUAGUUAUUUAGUGCUGAACUGAGAAAUCCAAAACAGAAAAAUUUAUAAAUUUGUAAAUGGAAACAUAAGAAAAGGGACCCAACUAGGUGAUGGAAAAUUGCAAAAGGCAGAACCGUUCUUGGGUCCUUCUCCAGAAACAUUUGGUAUUUUUUAACCUGCUGAGGUUGAUUUCUUACAUUUUCAAACACAAUUCCAUUUUGAAAGGUUGAAUAUUAGACCAUAUAAAGUUCGAUAUCAAAUUUGAAAGCACUAAGUUAAAACCAGUAUAACGCAUUGUUUUUUUUGUCCUUAUGGCAUUCUUGAAUAAUUCAAACAUGAUUUAUGAUAAAUUAUGCACUCCUUCUACGAAUUAAUGUUAUCACUGCACAAAUUGGUCACCACUGCACCUUAAAAUAAUCCCUGGUCUCUUGCGAAAUACGUGGGUAAGGGCACUAAACGAGCUACCGUUUCAAAAUAUGAGUAAAUAAUAAAAAAUGAUGAUUCUAAUAUAGAGGUCUGCGUUUGCUUGUGCUUGUGCUAAUGUCGGAAUGGUAUUCUGCACAAUUCACUACAUCUACUGUAUAGAUGACCUAUGUAGAUAUGAUAUCAUUCGAUAUCAUGCCACAAUUUCACCACACAUUAUACGCAUAUAAAUAAAAAUCUAAUGUGAUAUUGAUUUUAAAUAUCGUGAUCAAACUAGCCUGAACUUAAUCCUAUUGUUUACGUAACACGAGGAAACCGUGCAGUCACACGUAGAAACAGGUCGCAAAGGAUAUGUUAAUUGAAAUACACAAAUACAAUAUGUUAAUUAAAUACAAUAUGUUAAUUGAAUACACAAAUUUACAUCUAUAACUAAUAAUAAUAUGAAUUAAUAUUAAGCUUAUUUACAGCCAGGAGGACUGUAUAAUGGAAACUUUGAUUCGUAAUAGGCUGGUUUUAAAUCAUUAGUCCAGCGUGCGACAGGUUCUCAAGUCCGACGGAAUGCUAUUCCACAGAUUUGCUGAUCUGAUAAAGAAUGAAUUGCUAAAGUAAUCCUGUUUAUCUUUCAUGAGAAAAUUGAAAUUAAUUUUCAUUGUAAUUGAGGGAUAUAUAGCGAGAUAUUUGCCAAAUGCAAUUCCUAACAGCAAUAUUGCUGUUGCAAAUCCCAUUUCCAAUAGGCAAAACCCAACUCUAUAGCACCUUUGGCAUUCAUUGUAAAUCUUAAAAAUUCAUGAAACAUCCACAAGUUAUGUUAUUUCUUCAGCACUAUUUCCAGAGUGGCAAAAGUUAUGCAAUUUCCUCAGGGCAGACUGGAAAAUCCAUACUUACAAUUGAAUGGACCAACCAACAUGGCUGUGGUGAUCGAGAUUUAAAUUGCAACAUUAUACUUCAAUACCGAUGUCAGGAUGACACGAAACAUCAAACGUUGAAUCACCACACAAUGAGGAAUGGUAAGAGAGAUGUAAUAACUUCAUCGAAAUAGGGGGAAUUACGUCGAAUUUCGGUCGCGUCGAAUGCAUUUUAAACAAUACAUAAUGAAUCUUAAUGAAGUUUAUCAUCUCAUUAUGCAUAUAUUGUCUUAAUUGCACUCGAAGCGACCAAACGUCGACGUAUAAAACUAUUAUUUUAGUUAAAUAUUGACCAUUUUGAAGAUAUUCUUGCAUGUGAAUUACAAUAAUCUAAAUUAAUGAGGAGCGCAAAUUUAUCAAUGUUACUUAAAACAUUCGUUAAAAGCAAACGUUUGUUAUGUCAAAUUAAAAAUAAUGGUCUAUUCAGAAAAUUGUCUAAUAUACUAUGCAACACGUACAGCUAGGAGACCAAUGAUCUGUAACAGGCAUGUUAUAGACCCACAUUUCUCGUCUGUUUUUCUCUUGCUCAAUUUAUGAAAGGGAAAGUCCAGGAAGGUGCAUUAAUCUUUGGAAAACGAAAUUUAAACGAAAACGGUUUAGAUUUACCUUUAUAGUCAGAUAUAUAAAUUAAAACCAUACUUUGAUUUACUCCUAGGACGUCUCACCUCCACUCCAACAUAUCAGAAACGUACGUACACCAGUCGUUCAGCCAAGAAUUCAGGACUGCGCCUUGAUUCAUCCAGUUAUUCCCGGGGCCUUCAUGAAUCCUGGGAAUGGUAUGAUAAAUGUGUGAAAAGAAAUCGUGUAGGUGAGUUCUAGGUUUAAAAACGGGCUAAAGUGGGCGCGGGUCAGUGAUGCAUCCGACUAUCAAUGAGGAGUCCAUCUGUCUACGGAAAAAAAAUUGCGACGGCGCAAAAAGCUGUGCGAGGGUACUAAUUAAUCCCCCCCGGCUAUUUACACCCGCGGAAACGAAAGCAUUAGCGAAGUCUAAAGUUCGUCAAUGAUCGCGGGCGCUCACCAACGGUGUUGAGUGGGUGGUCAUCACUGAUCUCAAAAUAUGGCUGUUUGUCAGGAGUGAAGACGGCAAAAAAUAUAAAAAAAAUACAUGUAAGAAAGCUUGGAAAAUCGUUUCACAUAACAAAUUGUACAACUUUUUUGCAAUGUUUAAACGUAAACAUUUAUAAGAAUUGAUAUUGUACGAGAAAUCCUAAAGUAUACGGCAACAUCGCUAGAAAUCGCGGACAUUUAGAAUACCGCAUGCAUUCUCGCCCCAGUCCCCAUGUUCACUCUUUUUUUCAAAUUUUAUCAGGAAUGUAGAUGGUUAUCCAAUUUUUACAUAAAAUAUCUUUUAAGAGUCAAAUCAAAAACAAAAUUAAAAUUGUGCAUUGUGGAAACAAAAUUCCGUGAACUAAUCAAGGAAAUAAGAAAGAAAACUAACCCCAAUAAUAAAAUAUAAUGAUUAUUUACGAUACUUAAAACUGGGCAACAACCCAAUUAAAUGUGCGUGCAGGAUUUCUAACUAAUUUAUCAAAACGACAAUAAUUCACAUUUUACAAAGUCAAAUUACGGCUUAAUGAUCGAUGAACUUAAAAAUUUGCGGUAAUAUUUAAAUAAUAUGCAGAUAUUAGUAUAUACGAAACAAUUGUUCGCAUAUCUUAAUCUGUGGUGUCAAUGUGUAUUUGCUUCAUUCCAAGUUUGCAUAAAAUGGAAGGUUCGUUUAUUAGACACAAUCAUCAGGUUCUAAUGUCGCUGUUUGGCGAUGAUUUUUUCGGCAAAAAUGACACAAAAUAUAUCAUUCGAAAGCUCAGUCUUUUCUUCUGUUUUUUGUUUGUUUACAUUUUGUAAUCCUUUUAGUAUGAUUACAUUUUGUAAUAAUCCUUUUUGUAAUCCUUUUAGUAAUGCUUUUAAUUAAUAUUUAGAAUAAUAAAUUUCGGGGAUCGAAAGAGGUAAUAAGAGACAUAGACGUAAGGGAUGUUUCGGGAUUCAAAUGUCCGCAAUUUCUAGCGAUGAAGCUUGUUUCAAUUGUUUAUGUAUGACUUUCUAUUUAAUAAUAUAGACUUUGUUCUUGAUGUUCAAGUCUUUCCUAUGCAUUGUUUGCGAAAGUUUCUUAGUUAAAUUAAGUUUUGUAGAAGUUCAUGAUAAAAAGGAAAGCAAAUUAUUUUCAUUAGCGUCCUGGACGAAUUAAAUUUGUUUCAUUUCAAAGUGUAUAUAUAUAAAUAUUUAUCGAAUUGGUAGAUAAAACGCGAAAAGAACGAUCCAUAUAUUUAACUUAAAAAUCGCAGCAGAGACAAAUUUACGUGUAGUAAACUUCUUGGAUGUCACUUUCGACCUCAGCAAUGGAAAAUACAAACCUUACAGGAAACCCAAUGACGAUCUAGUAUUAUACAUAGACAGACACUCAAACCAUCCACAUCACAGAUCAUAAAACAACUACGUAUCCAUAAACAAGCGCAUCUCACUUCUCUUAUUAGAUGAGCAAACGUUUCAGGUGACUUCAUCUACAUGUAUUUACCAAAAUGCUCUACGACACAGAAAUUUCAAUAACAAACUAGACUACAUGAAGAAAACACCACAACAACCACGCAGAAAUAGUCAACGCUGCGUCAUUUGGUUUAACCCUCCUUUCAGUAAGAGUGCAUGUCAAAACCAACAUAGGACUCAACAUUCUCAGCCUGAUUGACAAACAUUCUCCGUCUCACGUAAAUCACAAUUUUCACAAAAUAUUUAACAGAAACACAGUUAUAUAUUGGGUCAUCUGUAGUUGCAUGAACAUUGUUAAGUCCAUGCAUCAUUACCCAACAUAAUGCACCACAUCGGUAUGACAGCAACCACCUUUAAAGAGCGAUGAUACCGAAAGCACAAUAGAUCUUUCAAUCACAAAAAAUAGUCAAACGAUACACAAAUUUCGAAAUAUAUUUGGAAAUAAAAAGAAAACAAACAAGAUUCGGACAUAAAUUGGUAAAUACUAAAACGACCUGUUUCUUUUUAAUCAUAAAAAGAAAUUUCUAGUAAAUAAUGAUAACAAUGGAAGGAAUGGAUGUAUUGCUUGACGCCCACACGCCUACGUUUCCGACCGUCAACGUUAAAGCAGCCCAAUUUUCGAAAUUUUCAGCCAUCUUUGUUUUGACAUCGACAAAUAUAACGGGACGAAAUGCGAUAUCAGUGACGAUAUCGUUUUUAUGUACUGUAUGUGAUAAACAUACCUGAGACAAGUAUGUGUGAGACAAGUAUGUGAUAAAUAUAUUUAUCAUUAUUAAAGAAUCAGGAUUAUCAUAAGCUUCUGAUAUUUUCCAGGAAUCAACUGCCCAGCUAAAACUACAACGGGAGAUUGUUGUGUUUUUCCGUUCAUUUACAAAAAGAAACGGUAUGACUCAUGUACAAAGGUGGACAAUGGGAAUAAAUUAUGGUGCGCAACCACAAGCAACUACGAUAAAGACGCGAAAUAUGGAAACUGUAAAAUCACUAAGGGUAAGCGACAUGAUAUAGCAUUAUAUAAACACAGCAUGCAGAUUGGCAUGUUUUAAAUUCUUUUCUUCCCAUAGUAUAAGCAUAGAACAACAGUACUGAAUUUAGAGUUAAGCUAAAACAUGCAGUCUAGUGUAUAAAGGUUACCAUAUUGCUGAUCAAAUUUUUUAUCCUAAUAAGAUAUCAGGAUUAUUGUUAUAUGGCAGGUAUCACUUCUGGUGAAAUGGCGGACUGCGAUUGGCUGAGAAGAGCUUUCAGCGGCCCAUAAUUAGAGACCUUAUAUACGAUUCAGGACGACAACGCAACGGCAACGGCUACCAAUACAAUAAAUGAUUGAAAAGAAUUGAAUAAUUACAAUAUAUUACAAUAUAUGUAUAGUUUAGACAUUGUCCUCCUUCUGUUUACAACGCCAAAUCACAGAUUUUCACGUCUUGAUACAACGGCUGCAUUUCAAGCGGCAACAAGUGCAACUUUAAACUGGGUUCAGCAAAACUUUUCCCAACCAUAAAACCCAUUCAUGUCUUCAACUCCUAAGACUGUAUUAAAUUCAUACGAUUGAUAACAUACGACGAAUUAUCUUUACUACCAUUUAUUUCGAGUUUGUUUUGGCCGUCGUCGUCGCGUUGCCGUCCUAAAAUUGUAAGGUCUCUAUUUUCCCGUAAUGGACCGGCGGUCAUUACGCAAAAACAAACGCAUAUAUUUUAAAACAAAACGGCAAAACUAAUUGAAAAUAUGAAAAUUAUAAUUUAAUUUGUUAUUAAUAAGAUAUCUGCGGAUGGUUUUUAGUGGAAAAGAAGGAAUACAUUGUUGUUUUUUUCUUCGUCCAAAUGUGUGCCAUGCCACUACUAUGCAUUUCAAAUCAUGCAUUUCUUGUUUGUUUCGAGUAUAAAUGCCUAUAAAUGCCAUAUAAUAAACGUUUUAUUAACCUCGCUUGCUCGGUAUGUACAGAGAAAUAUCGGACCUCGGUCUAUUUGUACAAAUCUCGCCCUACGGGCUCGGUCUGUACAAAAAAAAUCUUGGUCCGAUAUAUCUCUGUACAGACCUCGCGUUCGGUUAAUAAGAGGUUAAUAAGCCAGAAAUACGGAUUUUUUUUCAGGAAAACAGGCUUGCGCAGUGAAAACUACAUCACAACAAUGUUGUGUCUUCCCGUUCCAAUAUAAAAAGAAAUUGUAUCGAUCAUGUACAAAUGUGGACUAUGGAAAUAGAUUAUGGUGUGCAACAACAAGCAACUACGAUAAAGAUUACAAAUGGGGAAGUUGUAAAAUCAUUCGCGGUAAGCGAGGUAAGCGAUACGAUAUAGUAAGGAAAUUACGAUGAGACGGAUGAUAUAGUAAGCAAAUUACGAUGAGACGAAUUUUUCUAGUUUUACAUUCGAAUGUAGAACCAGACAGAUGAUUUCAAUGAUAAAACCGCAAUAACUUCGUAAAGGUUAAAGUAAUACAAAACUAUUCAAUGUCAUUCUUCACAAACAUUAGAUGUUUGAGUGGAAAACACAAUUUAGACAUUUGUAACUUGCCAGGUUUUCUCUGGAGAAUUCAGAGCUUUUGUCAUUAUAACGAGUAUAGCCAUGAUCGAAUGUAGAACCGCAUUCUGAACUUUACGGAUGAUAGUAUUCUAAAUGAAAUCAUGCAACGCCAUUCUACAUUACUUUUAUAGUAUAAUAUAAAGACGUCUAUAGCAGUUUCUACCAAGUAGGCCUAACGUUUUCUUUGCAGGUCGCGCGGAAGAUUUGUUGUCAUAUAGCGUCAAGUUACAGAAGCAGAUAUAAUAAUAAUUACAAUAUUUCGUCAGGGGGUCCACUCACAAAAGUGAUUUCAGUGGAGCCCUGAUAAAAAAUAAAAUUAUAAAACUACAGUAACAAAAGUGAAUUUAUGAAAGGUUAUAUACUACGACGUUUUUGCGCAUCCUAUCAGUUCAGUAGAGUGUCCUAUGUACCUAAAUGUUUCUUUAGUUUUAGUUUCAAAAGUUCUAAUUUGACGAAUAUUCCGGGUUUCCACAGGCAGACUGUUCCAGUCGUUGGCAGCAUGGUAGCUGAAUACCUGCUUUCCUCAAUUCUUCUUGACGCUUUCCAAAUGUAUAUUUUCGGAAAUUUUUUUUAUCAUUCGGAAAUCUUUGGCCUACACCCCCCCCCCCCACCCCCAACUAUACAUCCUAUAGCUACGGCCCUGGGUGGUUCAUCAGGACAGAGUUGUUUUUAUCACCCCACGCAAAAUCAGCGUAGUCAAAGAUCGCAGGCAUGACAAGGCUGUUUACUAGAGUACGACGAGAUUCAACUGUUAGGAGGUGUUUAACUCUUCGUAGCCUAUGAUACCAAGACGUUGAUUAACUUUCAUAUAAAGGGUGCUUUAAUAUGAUCUGACCACGAUAAUGUCUGACUUAAGGUUAUGCCAAGAUACUUAAAUGAUUCAACACGAUUUAGUGGAUCGACUAUAUUAUUAAAAAGUAGAUUUAUAUUUUGUAGUUUGGCAAGUUUGGCAUUUCUUCCCAAAACAAUAAAUUUGCAUUUAGAAGUGUUAAGAGUCAAGCGGUAGAACCAAACCAACGAGAAGUUCUGUAGGUCAGAGUUUAGUUUCAAUAUGCAUCCAAAUAUCAAAAUAAAAUCGCUAGCCGUGGGGGUUGAAGGGUCUGGCUGGGGAGUGAGGGAGAAUUUUGCAUAAAAAAUUCCAUAAGUUUUUAACAUCAUUGAUUUCACCCAAAAGAUGUAGUCAAAAACUGAUCUUAAAAUACCUUUUCUAAAUCUGUUUCUUUCAAAGGAUUAAAUGAUAGUCCUAAUCCUAAAAAUUAUGGCGAGGAAACAACUGGAGGAAUGUUUGACCCUAAUUUUAAGAAUUAUGACAAGCAACUAAUUGAAGGUACGUUUGACUGAAUACUAUUGUUUUUAACAUUACUCGGUCUCCUUUGUUCUUUAGAGAAAAUAAAUUGAUAAUAUCCCCAGUAAUAUUCUCCUCUGAUAUUUCCCCCUAAUCAUCACGGUUUGUCUUUUUUUCUUUCUCAAUCAAAAGUGAUCAGUGUUUGGGACUCGUUUCACUAAAUGACUUUCAUAAAGAAUUUCUAUCUAUUAUAUCUCCUAAAAUCCAACCUCGCUAAUGUGAAAAAAUAAAUACGUUAUUUUGAGGACCACGGGUAUAAGUGUUUAUAUUAUAUAGUCAAAGUCGCAUUUUUCUAGUGUUUUAUUGGUCGAGAGCAUAUCACGCGAGAGUGACGAAAUUAGACUGUCUCCCUCGCAACAGCGCGAGAGGGAGAUAAUACGUUAUCGACCGGCGAAUAACAAAAAAAAAUCACGUGCGCCAUCACGUGAAGAUACGACCUUUGAACAUGCCUAAAAUGACUCACCUAAAAUCAUCAGUUGCACUUUGUCUUUGUUGAUCAACGACAUCGAUAUUCGGAGACCGAGUAGCUGUAGCUCUUGCGUUGUUUAUCGGGCUGGAGCUCUGUGGCUCUGAUUCCAAUUCCUGUAAUGCGUCCUUUAACGCAUCUUUCGCACGUCUUCUCUUGACAUCUUUAAACAAUUUAAAAAAGGACAAUAAACAAAUGAAGCAUGAAAUUCUUCUUGGAAAUUCUUCUUGACAAAAUAUACACGCAAAUUAUGAAAAUCAGAAAAUGCAAAAUGUGAAUUAAUUUAAACAUGUUUGGUGUUACCACUUACCACACGAAAAAUUUUCCACUUUUCUUCCCGUUUUUCAACGUUUUACCAUACGGAAAAGAGACAAUUUUCUCGUACGACCCAUUGCCUAUCCAGUUCGAUCCAAUGCCUGUCCAGUACGAUCCAUUGCCUAUCCAGUACGACCCACUGCCUGUCCAGUACGACCCAUUGCCUAUCCAGUACGACCCAUUGCCUGUAUCCAGUACGACCCAUUGCCUAUCCAGUACGACCCAUUGCCUAUCCAGUACGACCCAAUGCCUAUCCAGUACGACCCAUUGCCUAUCCAGUACGACCCAUUGCCUGUAUCCAGUACGACCCAUUGCCUAUCCAGUACGACCCAUUGCCUAUCCAGUACGACCCAAUGCCUGUCCAGUACGAUACAAUUGACCGUGAUGACACAAUAAUGCUUUGACUCUGAAACAAAUUUGUCCCUAAUUCCCCUCCAUAAAAUGCCUUUGGCAAAUAGCGAAGGAAGCAACAGUUGACAUCUGCUGGCACUGUAACGUACUGGUCGGAAAGAAUAUCCUUGGCAACUUCAUGAAAAAUAUUUCAAGAGCAGCCGACCUGUCCAAAAGUUCCAAAGAGUACACAAACUACAGCAUACGAGAGACGGCUGUAACCUCAUACGAGAGACGGCUGCUAGACCACUCCAACUUCGAAGUCAGGCACAUAAUGCGAGUUUCUGGUCAUAAAUCAGAAGCAAGCAUCAGAAGUUACUCACGUCGCCUUUCAGAAAACAAGCAAAGAGAAAUUUCCGAAACACUUGGUCAGGCGUGUGGAUUUCCUUCUGAAAUUGAAGAGACAACCUUGUCUUCGCCUUCAGAAACCCUGCUAGAACUGACGUCCAGCCAGUACGAAAAUGCAUUGGAUACAAUAUGCUUCUCGCCUCUACCAGGUUAUUCGUUGUCUGGCUCACCGGUUCUUCACGCAACACAAACAAACACUCUUAAGAAUGUCACGUUUGCAAGUGGUGCAUUCAAUAAUUGCAAUGUAACCUUUAAUUUUAAUAGCAAGUAGUUUUUCUAUCCUUGAAUGACUGUUAAUGACUGUUGUUAAGAGUGUUGUUUACUUUUUCAAAUAAAUUGGAUGCUUUUUAUUAAACAUUUGAUCACUUUAUAAACUUUCGCUUUUAAGCAACUGUGUUUAUUAAAUUUAACGUUUUAACAAUAAAAUAUCUCAUGUAUUUAUACGUUCAUUUGUUCUUUAAUUAAGCUCAGACGAUAGAGCAUCGUUCUAGAAAUGCGAAGGUCGCGGGUUCGAAUCCCAGCCGCGGUCAAGUAGAAUUUUCUGCUUGCCCGGUUUGGUAUACACUCGUCUGAAAACAACUCAAAAACCGCUACAUAUAUAUAUAUAUAUAUAUAUAUAUAUAUAUAUAUAUAUAUAUAUAUAUAUAUAUAUAUAUAUAUAUAUAUAUAUAUAUAUAUAUAUAUAUUUAAGCAAUAAUUAAAGCAGUCGAAAAAAUAUUCGAUGACAUGUCUCACUACCAAUAAAUGAAUGGAGAAACAAUUUAACUAGACAUUUUUAGUUUGCCAUAUAUUGACGUUAAAAUUAAAUUGGACAUCAAUGGGCAGGUAUUUUCCACCUCAGUUUUUGGUCGCAAAUAAGAAGUUCGAGGGUCCAGAAAUUGCUUUAGAAAUUGGUUUAAAAAAUUGCUUCUGUUUUAACGCCAUUAAAUUUAUCCAAAUAAAUGUAGUGAUCCACUGAUCAUAAACUACUUCUCUUUGUUGCAAAGGAUCAAAUCAUGGUCCUAAUCUCAACAAUUAUGACGAGGAAAGAACUGAAGGAACGUUUGAUCCAAAUCUUAAGAAUUAUGACGAGCGAAAAACUGGAGGUAGGUUUGACUAAAUUAUAUUAUAUUAUAUUAUAUUUUAUAUAAUACCUUAUUAAAUUCUAAUCAUUUAAUUGGCUGUUUAUGGUCACGUGAUAGUGAAUAGAAAAUUCCAUUUCCCAAGAGUGCAAUGGAACACGUUCCAUUGCACUCUCCGCGAGUGCAAUGGAAUAAAACGUAUAGUACAAUUGCACUCUUUGUGUUUUCGAUAAAUCGCAUCCCUCAAAAUGCUUCUCAUACGAAUCUAUUAGUCUAUUUUGGUAUUAUAUAAAACAAAUAAUGAAUGUUUCUUCGUGCAAUGGUAAGAAUAUUUUCAUUCGGUGAAAGAUGGAAUGUUCCAUUCAACUCGGCUGUCGCCUCGUUGAAUGGAACAUUCCAUCUUUCACCUCAUGAAAAUAUUCUUACCAUUGCACUCAUAAACAUUCAUUAUUUGUAUAAUAUUAUAUUACAGUUGUCAUGAUUUAUUUCGGCAAUUAAUACAUCUAUACAAGGUGUUCCAAAAAACCCCAAAACUAUUAAAAUAACGCAUUGAUAGAAUUGGAAUGCCUCAGCACUCUGCACGAGCUUCACCAUUGAAUAUCCGAAACACGUCCGAAUUUAUCAUUAUGAUAAAUUCGGGGCACCUAACCCCCAAUACUAUAACCCCUAACCACUAACCCCUAACCCGAAUCAAACUUUUUAACUUUUUUGAAAAUCUAGUUUUUUAUUUACUUUUUUUGCUUUUUUAAACUUUUUUAAAACUUAUUUUAAUUAAAACUUUUUUAAAACUUUUUUGAAACUUUUUUACUUUUUUUUAAAAAAUCUUUUUUCAUGUACUGAGUAUGCGCGUUUGGUCACUAAAAGGCUGGCUAAUUGAUGAAAUACUUCAUGAUAAGAAAAGGUUUAGGAAGUAAUGGAGACAAUUUCUAGUUAUAUCAUUGCUAUAAAACUGUUCACUUAACUGGAUGACUCGUAUCAUGAACGGAACAAAUACAUAUCAACAACUAGAAUGACAGCGCGUCCGGCUAAAAAUGUGGUAGGUAUACAGGUUCAAGCCCGGUGUGAGAUUCCUGCACAAUCAAAACAAACAAUAGUACAUCACAGUUUUGUUGAGAAUUUUCUUCCUCUUCUUAGGACUAUUCACAGCUGAUCAGAAACUGAAGGGUAAGACAAGUAUUUACACUCGUCAAAAUCCAAAUGGUGGUCGUAGUGGCUAUGAAUGUCCCGAGGAACGAGAUUACUAUCCUUACUGGCAUCCUACUGACUGGACUGAUAUAGUGGUAUUUGCUCAUAAUGAAGCGAUAUGUCAAUAUUAUCAGAGAGAAAGUUUUAAUGUCAAACCUAAAGGUAAGUCCCCAUGGACACGAUCACUUGGUCACUUGGUUAGUGUACAGUAUUCUACUGGAACCUAACCGACUGGACAGUUAUAGCUUUUGCGAGGGUUCACAUGAUUGAAGUUUAUGAAUUAUUAAUGAGUGUUUUAAUUAUAAUUUCGCAUCUGAUGCGUAAAGAAUCCUGGCAAAUUAUUUUUCUGAAACACUAUUUUCUUUGUUUCGACUCUAAUUAAAAUCUUGUUCUUAUGCAACUCAAAUUGUUGAACUUGUUUAUCUUGUUCUUUGCUAUCUAAACUAUACCAAACAUCCAUGCACAAUAAUUAUAUGAGUUGACAUGAAGUUGUGAUGUUCAGUGACGCGACGUUUUUUACUAACGUUUCUAGACAAUAUGCGUUUUUCUAAAAAUUUCUUAUUUCUUUGUUCGCAGAGGAAUGUCUUCAAUACUACAAUUCGAAAACAGACGGUUUCCGCCAUGACUCGAUUUAUAGCAACAAAAAGGACUGCGAAAAUAAUCGUGGCUUCUGGAUUUCAUUCAGCAACUAUUUGGAAGAAUAUCCCAAGUAUCAAACAGAACGAGCAUGUAAUGCUGGAAGUUCUAGUCAACUACCUCUUAAAUGGGACAUUCCUUACCGCUCCGAAGAUAUUGACAAUUUAAGAAUGACUGGUGGCAAUGUGGAGUCACUAAAACGUUGUUUGGUCGCCCUUGUUCCGCCAGAAUGCACGAAAGCUCCACGUACAAGAACAAAUCAUUUAGGAAAUGCCGAUGGUGUGGUUCCUCUGCGUUACAAUUGGGUCAUUCCACAUUUCCCGUCUGGUCAUGCACAAAGAUGCAUCAUAAGAAUAAGGUUAGCUAGAAGGUGGUAAUAAGGUUUCUUCUCCUGUAAUACUCGUUUUCUCUUUACAAGGGUCAAUAGGCUUUUGCGAUAUGUUGUACAGCUUUUCUUUUGAUAAAAUUUAAAAAGGAAACUUUUUAGUUGGAGUGUUAAUAAAUGCCAGCUUGAGGUAUAUAAAUUAAAACACUUUGGAGAUCAGUUUUCCUAAAUCUAAGAACAAUACACAUAUACUGCAUUGGCUGUUAAAAUGUUUAAUUCCACAUUAAUUUAAUAAUAAUAUUUUAAUAAUAAGUUUUAUUAUCCAUCAAUAGAUAAAAAAAUACAAUGGAUUUACAUUUAAAAAAUAUUUGCAUAUAGUACAUUGUUAAAAAAAUUACAUCAAUUAAUCAGUUAAUGAACAGGCCCUAGAGAUGAACGAGUUCUUGUGUCUAUCUGUAUUUGAUAUUGUUUUGUUAAAUUUAGGUUUACUUCUAAGAUUAUAGUUAUGAAUCUUUGGACUAGGUAAAAAUACUCGGCAUGGGUGAUUAGUGUCAGAUUGAAUUUUCAAAAGCUCUCUCUUAGUUGCUUCAACUCUUCCUUCUCUAAGGGUAGGUAGCAUUGGCGUACCGGGAGGGGCGGGGGGUGGCGGCAGCCCCCAGUUUGUUGGGCAGUCGGGCAAUAUUCGAUCAACGUACAGUCGGGCAAUUUUGGUUUAUUAUAAAUAUAAAUGAGGACAAAUUCUGUCAAUUUUGUCGGAAAUUCUGUCAAUUUUGUGGUCAAUUUUGUGAUGUUUGGAAAAUUUGUGUGAUGUUCCGACAAAUUUUGGUGUCUGAAAAAUUUUUUGACCCCUAAAAUUGUACACUGACCGAAAUUUUUUUGGCGACGGGGGGGAGGGGAGGUCGUCAAAAUAAAUUCCGGAAAAAUUUUUUUCCGUACUGGUCGGGCACAAUCCGGAAAAGUCGGGCAAAUUUCUUUCCGCCCCCCUAAUUUUUCCCUUCCGGUACGCCCAUGAUAGGUAGGUGGUUCUUCGGCAGGCCAAUGGUCUUCAUACUUCUAGUUUGUAUUUGUUCUAUUUCAUUAAUUUAAAACGUAGCAUAAAAUACAAGCUAAUUAGUUAUAUUUUUCUCAGCCCAUGAUAUGGAACAUUUACACUAUUAAUUUAAUUUACUGUGUUUUCUCUAUUUUUCCACUGGGGCUUAUUUCUUUCCACUAGUAUAGACUGGGGGCUUGUUAGAAUGUGAGGGGGGGGCUAAAAAAAUUUGGUUCUUUAAAAGAUAUCAAAACACAGAACUAUCACUAGACGAAUACUUGGAAAAAAAUGUCUUACAAUUUACAUUAAUAAUAUAAUUUAGUUAUGCCAUUGAACGUGAUAUACAUAUUAUUAUCAGUGAACAUGCAUUUUAAAGAACAUUGGUGUCGUAUAACCUUAUGUUGAGCAUGGGUGGGGCGUAUUUGUUUCAGCGCUUCUAGACUCUGCGCUAAUUAGAAGGGGAACCAACUGGGCCUGGGGGAUAAAUAAAUAAAAUACGGUACACUCACAAGUUUAUUUAUCAAAGAACGUUUCAGAAAAUUAAUGUAAAAUGUUUCCUUUAUGGGGCACUUAACAUUUAAUAACCGUAUAAUAAAUCUGAGGUCAACUGACGUUGUAAGGUUUUAAUUUUCACUCCUUUUUUCUUUGUUUAGGUACAACAUUUCAACAGGCGAUUAUCCACCGUUUAACACAUUCGGCGACAAAAAUGAAGAUCCGUAAGUAUUUUAUACAUAUGGGCACGAUCUGAAGGGCAGUGGUAGAAAUCUAGGUUGUGGCAAAUGCCACUUUCACGUGAAAAACAACUAUUUAUCGGAAAUGUUGACAUAAAAGUCAAAGCAGAUAAUUUCGGUGGUAUAUGGUGGCUUCGUCUGAAAUGUUCGGUCCUGCCAGAUAUUCAGUAGAGUUCAUCCCAUGCAACCGCGAAAAGUGAAUUUUCGCCACUGGUAACCUAAAUAUUAUUGCAUCUAUAUAUACAUGCAGUACAUGAAAACUCUUUCUCAGCCGGCGGUCUCCGGCAGUCUCCCCGUAACGCAUAUCACCAUGCAGUGAAAACAAUGCGAUGCUGGUAUACCCUAUGAGUCUCAAAACACAUGAAGUAUAUAGCGCGUGAUUUGACAGUGUAUCCGACUACGGGAGCUUCUUAUUGGCCAACGAUUACGCGCGUGCAAGUAAACCCAGUAAAACCCAGUUUAUAAUAUAGUCAUUCACCGUAUAUGAGCUAUUCUGCAAUCUGAUUGGUUGAAUUACUCGCCGUAUAUAUAUAUAUAUAUAUAUAUAUAUAUAUAUAUAUAUAUAUAUAUAUAUAUAUAUAUAUAUAUAUAUAUAUAUAUAUAUAUAUAUAUAUAUAUAUAUCAGCCCAUAUACGGCGAGUAGAGAAAAACAAGAUGGCGGUCCAAAAACUACAUGAGUUUUGCGAAGCAGAAAAAAAGAAAAUAUUCGCUUUGAGAAUGAUAAUAGUACAAGGAAAAAUUCUCAAAAACAUUUAACAGGUUAGCAAAAUACAUUUAUUACAUAGAAAUUAGUUUAAAUGCAAGUUAUUUUAAAGAAUUAAUAUCGAAACAACAGCGAAAAAAACAUGUUCAUUGAAAAUAUAAAUUGUUCAGAAAAGUUUGCAACGAAAGACAAAUGAAUUUGCAGUCAACAAGCACUUACUAUACUACCAAACAUCUGUAUAAUAUAUCUGAGCUUUUCUGUGAGAUAUACCGGUUCUAAAACCAUUUCUUUUACUUCGUCUUCGAGUUGUAAAACAAAAGUAUUUCAAAUUUUCAAGGCCAAGCGGUUCUUGGCCGAACAAAUUGUCAAGACAUUGACAUUGUAACAGACUAGAGGAUAAUUAAUUAUUGGUUCAGUUCAGUAAUGGAUAUUAGACUAUAUUAUAAAACAAUUAUCCCAUUCGCUCUCGUCGUAUAUGCCUGAUAGCCGACACGGUGCUACGCACCUCGUCGGCUAUCAGCUCAUAUACGACUCGAGCUCAUGGUAGCUAUAAUUGUUAAAUAUUCAGGUUUUUCUUCAAAUGAAAUUCAGAAUGUUUGGCCAAGGCUGAGUAAAUGUAUGAUUGUUUUGGUUUGUGUAAUGGUUUGACCGCAUUUGAUCCCCUGUUCAAAAGGUUAUUUUAUUCAACUACGAGGAUUUCGAUGGUGCUUUUCGUUUUAAAGUGGGGUAAAUACCACUGAAAAAAAAAUUGAAAAUCCAUAGAAGGCCAUAGAAUGGAAAUUGUAAUGGACCUUCAUUGGAAAUAGGAUGAACUUUGAUUAUCCAUAAUAUUUGUGUAUUUCUAUACUAUGGAAUAAUAGUAUAUAUCGAAAUAUUAUAGAUAUACUAUAGAUUUAGUGCUGCAAUUGCAAAUUUCAUGGUAUGGAUUUCACUUUUUCCCCCAAUCUACUCGCUCAGAUAUCUACAUUAGAAACAAUUUAAUCCUAAAUAUCAAAUUGGGGCCGAUCGAGAAAGCUAGUUUUAAAUAAUAAUUGGCUUUCGGCAAACAAUAACAAUUUGAUUUACGUCAGAAACUUGGGAGGGAAUGCGUGGGAAUGGACAACUGAUUUUUAUCUGCGACUAUUCAUUCUUCGGCGCAUGAGACUACGACAGAAUAAGACUACGAAGUCUUAUUCCGCCCCAAAAUUUUAUUUUUGUUUAUCAGGAAUAACGGUGUAAAAUCUCCAGUACAGAACAACCCAAAAGUCGAUGUUGGUGAUGUAACAGUUCAGCUGCCAUUAAAACUUGCCAUCAACACAGCUCAAUUUGGACGUACUUUUCAAGAUCGAUCUCAUUUAUUCAAGCUCCUACCCAGGCCUAAAUCUGUGUCAGAUGAUGACAUCAUCCACAAUCUGAACGCACGAGGAAAGCGCGGGAAUAUCGUUCAAACUUUUCCAGCGGUGGAAUACGAUUUUAUACCGAAACGAUUGGAUAUUCCAAGCACCAGUCUUGUGCAUAUCCAGUGGACUGGUAAGUUUUGUUUACUGUCGAAAAUUUAUUCCAAAUUUUUUGUAGCUGUACGACGUAUCCAUUGUAUGAUUGGGAAGGAGUGUUCCAAUUUAAAAGUUUCCCUGGUUCUUGCAUUGUAUCAAUUACGCAAAUAUUUCAUUACCGAGGUUUAUUUGACUCCGAAUUCAAGAUUAGCCAAAAAGAGAUUAAAGUCAUGUAUUUCGCCUUCAUUUUCUACCGAUUACGUCACGACGUACUUUUGAAACCAUUGUAUCUACGCCACCACGUUGGAAGUUUCGAAACAACAUCUGAUGUACUGGCGACGAAAUUUGUACCCUAUGCAUGUCAAGCCUAAAGCUGUUUCAUGCCGUCUUUCAAACAUGCACUACGAUCACCUUAAUGGAUGAAAUUAGACAAUUUUUCCCCAGUAUAACUUGCUAUGGUUCAUGCAUAAGUUCCUUUUUCUUUUCUGAUUGUCCAUUUCUAUAUCACAUGCAUAUAUGUCGGUAAUUAGCUACCUUAGAAAUCAGUAUAAAUUGCAUAGCGUACAGACAUAGUGAGAUAUACUUAUCUUAAAAUGACCCUCUUUUUUUCAAAGGAUCAAAUACCAAUCCUGGGAAUUAUGCUGGGCAAGGAACAGCAGGUAUAGCUGAAUGGUAUUAUGCACUUAAUAUCUGCUCACAAAGGGAAUAGUUAGUUUUGUUUACCCUAGAAUCCCGUGCGUAUUUGUUAUUAUAUAAUCAUCCACUCACACCGUCAUGUCGCAGAUACAUAUGUACAGUGUUGGGCGCACCUAUUUUUAAAAUUAUACCAUUCAAUCGUUCACAGACUAAAGAUGUGAAAUCGUUAUGCGAUAUAUAUAUAUAUAUAUAUAUAUAUAUAUAUAUAUAUAUAUAUAUAUAUAUAUAUAUAUAUAUAUAUAUAUAUAUAUAUAUAUAUAUAUAUAUAUAUAUAUAUAUAUAUAUAUAUAGGCAUAUAUAUGCAUAUAUACAUAUAUAUAUAUAUAUAUAUAUAUAUAUAUAUAUAUAUAUAUAAUUUGUUUUGUUGUAGUAGAUAAUAAAGUGCUCAACACUAAUACAAAAGUAGAGCAAGAUAUAUUUAUAUCUUAAAAUUAAUUAUUGCUACUCAAGUUUCACGCCUUAUUCAAGACGAUCUUCAGGCAAUUAAUUCAGUUUGUGUUUGAUUUGUCAGCAUCAACGGUCGGUCGCUGACGC